AUGGGAUACGAAUUCGCUAAGUUUUGGUUUACCAAGUGGGAGAAAGGCCACAUCAAUCUUGUAUUGGGUGCAACUUCCAAUUCUAACUCCCUGGCUAUAACUCAGUACAAAUUGAAGCGGUCAUUAUUCUACGGCUUUCAAGUGGGAUACUCUUUUAUGCUAAUGUUGGUGUUUAUGACCUACAAUGGGUGGUAUAUGAUAGCCGUAGUUAUCGGUGCUGCAAUAGGAAACAACAUAUGGGGGUCACUUACCGAACCCACUGAAUCUUCUAUGGCCUGUCAUUAG